AUGGCGUCCAAUAGCGUGUUUGCUGAGUUGCUCAGGAACUACAAGUUAGAUGGCACAAACUUCACUGUUUGGAAAAGGAAGAUGAUGUUUCUGCUUACAGCUGAGAAUAUUGAGUAUGUAAUUUUAAUAGCAGAGCCUAACGAACCUCCUGAUGACGCUUCAGAUGAGGAAAAGGAUAAUUAUGCAGAAGAACUCAAGGAGUGGAAUAAGGACAAUAAAAAUGCUAGGAUUUUUAUUCUUGGCUCCAUGUCCGAUUCGUUGGCAGGUGAAUAUGAAACAGAGGUUGCUGCACACAGGAUUAUGAGAAGGCUGAAAGAGGAUUUUGGUGAAGUUACUUUAAUCAAAGUGCUUAUCUUGCUGAACAGAUUCUUGACGUCUAAGAUGGCAGAUAAUACUUCUGUCAAUGAGCACUUAAACAAGUUGUGUGUGCUGAAUGAGGAAUUGAAAAAUGCUGGCUAUCCUUUUUUUGAGGAGGUGCAAGUAAUGGUGGCUCUGAACUCACUUCCGCACACUUGGGAACAAUUUAAAGUAUCAUUCUGUCACUUUGAAAGAUUACUGAACAUGCACAAUUUGAGGCAUCAUUUGCUCAUGGAAGAAGAUAGGAGAACUUCACAAGGGAAAGAGAGACAGUCACAUCAUCAGGAGUUACACCUUGGUGAAGAUAGGAGGUGUUGGCAGAAGAAGCAUCAAGGAGGUGAUUUGAGGGACAAAAUCAACAGGAAGAGAAACUGGGAUGAUCAUAAUGGAAGAGGUCCAAACUCUAGUUUUGAUAAGAGGAAAUUUAGAUGUCAUUGUUGUGGAGAGUAUGGGCAUUUUAGAACUGAGUGCAAGAAUAAGAAGCCUUAUAAACAAGAUGACAAGUCUAAGAAGCAGCACCAGGACAAGCAGGACAAGCAUCAAGGCCACAACAAGGAUAAUUCUUCUCCUGAUGGCUAUACUGAUGCUGAUUGGUAG